GCGGGGCCGCGGGCUCCCUUGCGGGUUGGGACCCUGGGUCCAGGGUGCAUCUGUGGGGCGCAAUGGCUACGUGGAGCGAGCGGCUGGCUGGCGUGCGCGGGGUGCUGCUCGACAUCUCGGGCGUGCUGUACGACAGCGGCGCGGGCGGCGGUGUGCCCAUUCCUGGUUCGGUGGAGGCGGUGGCGAGACUGAAGCAGUCCCAGCUGAAGGUGAGAUUCUGUACCAAUGAGUCACAGAGGUCCCGGGGAAAGCUGGUGGGGUUGCUUCAGCGGCUGGGGUUCGACAUCUCCGAGGGGGAAGUGACUGCCCCAGCACCAGCUGCCUGCCAGAUCCUAAAGGAACGAGGGCUGCGGCCACACCUGCUCAUCCAUGAUGAAAUCCGCUCAGAAUUUGAUAAGAUUGACACAUCCAACCCAAACUGUGUCGUGAUUGCAGAUGCUUGUGAUGCCUUUUCUUAUAAAAACAUGAAUAAAGCCUUCCAGGUGCUCAUGGAACUGGAAAAUCCUGUGCUCAUAUCACUGGGAAAAGGACGCUACUAUAAGGAGACCUCAGGCUUGAUGCUGGACGUUGGAGCCUAUAUGAAGGCCCUCGAGUAUGCCUGUGGUGUUGAAGCUGAGGUGGUGGGGAAACCUUCCCCAGAGUUUUUCCAGAGUGCCCUGCAAGUGAUGGGCGUGGAGGCCCACCAGGCCAUCAUGAUUGGAGACGAUAUCGUGGGUGACGUCGGUGGUGCCCAGAGAUGCGGAAUGAGAGCGCUACAGGUGCGCACCGGCAAGUUCAGGCCCAGUGAUGAGCACCAUCCAGAAGUAAAAGCUGAUGGCUAUGUGGACAACCUUGCAGAGGCUGUGGACCUGCUGCUGCAGCAUCUGGACAAGUGACAGGCCUGCAGAGAGGGCUCAGCCCCUUCCACCACUGCCCCUGACCUCCUCGCCUGGCACGGGCAGGUGAGGGCAGUUCCAGGCUGCCUUGACCCUGGGCCGGAACCAGCCAGGCCCCCUCCCAGCCUGCCAGGCACAGGUCUGUCCCCAGGGUGAGGUCCAGGAGGUGGCUCAGAUCAGCAGGCCUCCAGAGAAUGACCCGAGUCCUCACCUGCCCCCAGCAGGAUGCAGUCAUUGAGUUGCCCACCGCCUCUUCACACCCAAGUGUCCGGCUCAAGAGCCUGAGAAGGCCCAGGGCUCCAUGUCCACACACCUCGCACCCCCAGCCAAGCCAGCCUCCCCUGCUCAGGGGAGUGGCUGAUGAGCCCUCGCCCUCCCCGGAAAUAAGAUGCCCCCUUCCAGAGCCACAGUCCCCAGCUCCGUCCUCAAGGCUGCAGGCACAGAAAGCACGCGGGAGCCCGCCCAGGGUAGCCUGUGUCACGCCUGUGUGUACAGGAGAAACCAAUGGCUCAAUAAACUUGGCCAUGGGCCAGCAGCCUUCGA